AUGUCCCCCUCCCUUCACAAUAAUCCCAGCUUCCAAUCUUAUUUCUCCCUAAAUUGUCACUGGUACAGUGAGUUUGAAGACUGCUGGUACAAAGAGAUGCUAGACCAGCAGUUCAAACAUCACUGGCAGUGGAUUCCCCUGGCCAUCCCCAUCCAUACACUCCAGUAUCCCCCUGGAGAAUGCCCCAACUAUAUCCUGAAAUAG